AUGACAAUACUUACUGCGAGGAGACGAAGCCCUUGGUGCCGUUCGCUUGCUACUGCCGGGGGCUACGGCUGCUGCAAUGGUAAAGGCUCUGGCGAGGCAACUUUUCUUGCGCUAGGAGGACCACUUGCUGCUACCUUGGGGAUGAACUUUUUCGGCCCUUUUACAGCUUGCCUUUUCUCGACGCUGCAGCUUUCCUCUCGCUUCCGUUUCCCAUAUACAGCAUUUUCCCGGUGCUGUGAGAACCCGAUUUCUCCAAUUUCCGCUUUAGCUUCGAAAGUCACCAACAAUCUCUCCGCUUUUGGAAGUAAAAGGCAGAUUUCGCUUCUCGCUCAGGGAAAUGGCUUUCUCUUCCGACACUAA